GGAACACAUGAAUUAUGUUAACUUUGGAAAAUAUUUAAACUUUAAUGCCAAAGAUGAAUCGAGCUAUUUGUUACUUAAAAAACUACAAAUUCAUCCUAAACCUUACUCUACCCAUGAACUAUUAUUGCCCUUUGAGAAUAAUUUAACUGGAAAAUCAAGUGAAGGGUAUACUGAUGAGAAGGGAUGUUCAGAUUCAUUUCUAGUAUUGCAUUUUGUGGAAUCUCUCUUGCUUAAAGACUUGAUGUAUGUUAUGAUUGACAUUGAUGGACAACAUAUUAAAAUACGGGGCAAACCAUUGGAAUGGAAUAUAGAAAUAGUUGAUAACCCAGACACGAAACAUGGAAAUACUUUUUUUCUCCUUCACCCUGCCACUCUCGAACAAGUCAAAAAGAUUGCCGAAUGUGGUUGGUUAUACUUCAAAAUACAAAACUUUAUAAAUGAAAAUAACGUGUUAGAAAAAGGACUGAUUUUGCAAGUUCUAUCCUCCAGCCUUAAAGAUGAACUAAUCCAUUACUACAAACUCAUAUCGGUUAUCAAGGAAGCCGUAGAUAAAGAUUCGCAGAAAUUUCUAACAGAUUCAACGAAAGAGAGGAAUAAGGAAAUCGCUACUGAUUUACCCCAAAAUUCAACUAUAACGGAUCCAUUGAUAACUGUUCAAAGAUUAUGGGUCAUGUGUACGGACAUGAAACAUAGGCUGCAAUUUUUGAUGGCCAUCAUUAUGAAUUGUAAAGGUAAAAAAGGUUGCCAAAUACUCGAUGUUUUGAAGGAAUUUACUUUUCAAGGCGAUAUUAAGGGAACUGGUGCUACGGCUAAUUCACUCUUAGACAAAUGUUCUCAGCCGUUAGCCGAAUGCCUUUGCAAUUGGAUAACAAAGGGAAAAUUGGUUGAUAGGUUUAGAGAGCCUCUUGGCGACAUAGCACACACUACACAGUCGCUAAAAAUGUCCGUUGUACUCUAUGAAAAUAUAAUCCCAAACUCAAUCUCUUGCAGAAAUUUCUAA